GAGGCGGCGGGAGAUGAGGGCGAGCCUGAGGCGAAGAAGCGGCGACUUCUGUGUGUGGAGUUCGCCUCGGUGGCGAGCUGUGACCCCGCCGUGGCUCAGUGCUACCUGGCCGAGAACGACUGGGAGAUGGAAGUACGCGCUUGCUGUCCCGCGCUCGCGCUCCUUCACGUGGGUGGGUGGAGCGCCUCAGUCUCACGCCUGUGCCUUCGCUUUUCAGAGAGCGCUCAACUCCUACUUUGAGCCGCUGGCGGAGGAGAGCGCUGCGGAGAGCCGCCCCGACACCCCCUCUGGGCCCAAGACCUAUGUUGACCUAACUAGUGAAGACGCAACUGAUUCCACUAGUUCUAAAAGCAGCACAUCUGAAAAUACUCAGCAAGAAGAUGGCAGCAUGUUCUCUUUCAUUACCUGGAAUAUUGAUGGAUUGGAUCUAAACAAUCUGCAAGAGAGGGCUCGAGGGGUGUGUUCCUACUUAGCUUUGUACAGCCCAGACGUGAUAUUUCUACAGGAAGUUAUUCCCCCAUAUUAUAGCUACCUGAAGAAGAGAGCAAGUAAUUAUGAGAUGAUUACAGGUUGUAAAGAAGGAUAUUUCACAGCUAUAAUGUUGAAGAAAUCGAGAGUGAAAUUAAAAAGCCAAGAGGUUAUUCCUUUUCCAAGUACCAAAAUGAUGAGAAACCUUUUAUGUGUGCAUGUGAGUGUAUCAGAAAAUGAACUUUACCUUAUGACUUCCCAUUUGGAGAGCACCAGAGGGCAUGCUGAGGAACGAAUGAAUCAGUUAAAAAUGGUAUUAAAGAAAAUACAAGAGGCUCCAGAGUCAGCUACAGUUAUAUUUGCAGGAGAUACAAAUUUAAGGGAUCUAGAGGUUACCAAAUGUGGUGGUUUACCCAACAACAUUUUGGAUGUCUGGGAGUUUCUGGGAAAACCUAAGCAUUGCCAGUAUACUUGGGAUACACAAAUGAACUCUAACCUUGGAAUAAGUGCUACUUGUAAGCUUCGUUUUGAUCGAAUAUUUUUCAGAGCAGCAGCAGAAGAGGGACACAUUAUUCCCCGAAGUUUGGACCUUCUUGGGUUAGAAAAACUGGACUGUGGUAGAUUUCCUAGUGAUCAUUGGGGCCUCCUGUGCAACUUAGAUAUAAUAUUAUAAAAUACUUUAGAAAUAAAGAGUUUCUGAGUAGCUUUAUUCUGGAAAUAUUUCUACCUUUUGAAAAGGCAGGUUUAAUAUGGAGGAAUACUAGAUCAUUGUGACAGAAAAACUCAACUACAGUUUUAUUUUGUGAUUGUAUCCUCAGAAUUAAAGAGGAAUAAAAAGGACACAAAGCCUGACAGUUUUUAACAGUGCUUAUAGCUGCCAGCUGGAUUCCAGGCAGGGGCCACAUUAUCUCAGGCUCACCUUUAUACUUCAAUGAGCAUCUAAAUAGUUAAUAUUUUAAAUAAGUCUUCAGAAUAAAAAGGAAGACAUUACUGAGUCUUUGGGACUGGAUCUUUUAAUUAUAUUUCACAAGUUCAGAUCAUCUAAAAUGAGAAAGCCAUGAUUGUCUGCCGUUAAGUAGAUGGCAGCUACUCUACAUCAGCCUUGAUUUUUGUCAGUUGACUGAAUGUAAUUGGUAAGUUACCGAUGCAACCUUAUGAUUUAAAAUUAUUUUUAACUCUUUUUUGAUUUAUGUUUGUAGUUAUGUUGCCAACAGAGGCAAAGUUAGGCUUGAUAAUGAUAAAAGUCAGUCUUUUAGCACCAUGGGAUUUUUUUGUAAGAGAAAUGUGUAAAGAGAAAUAGCCUUUUAGUUUUGCUACUUGUAAAAUGGAAAUAAUUUACAGGAAGUGAAUACAGAGUGCUUCUAAAUAUGCUUUAAAGAAAACAACUUUUCCCACAAGAGAAAUGUACUUUAAAUAAAGAAUUUUACUUGUUUAUAGUUUGUUUUUGCAUGUUUUUGUUUCCGUGAUGGGAUUAAAAUUGUGUAUACUUCCUG